GCAGGGAGGGGCGGCCGCCGGCGGUGGCGACAGCGGCAGCUGCGGCGCGACUGACCAGGCCGGGCACCGACGAGCGCACAGAGAGCGCGAGGUCCGCGUAGCCCAGCGCAGCCAUGGAGCCCCGCGCGGACUCAUUCCAUGAUGUCCCUCUCGGUGCGGCCACAGCGCCGCCUGCUCAGCGCCCGGGUCAAUAGGAGCCAGUCCUUCGCAGGCGUCCUCGGCAGCCACGAGCGGGGGCCCAGGAGUUUCCCGGCCUUCAGUCCCACGGGACCCCCACGGAAGCCCCCAGCACUCUCUCGAGUGUCCAGGAUGUUUUCCGUGGCGCACCCGGCCCCCAAGGUCCCGCAGCCUGAGCGGCUGGACCUGGUGUACGCUGCGCUGAAGCGGGGCCUGACGGCCUAUUUGGAAGUGCACCAGCAGGAGCAGGAGAAACUCCAGGGGCAGAUAAGGGAAUCCAAGAGGAAUUCCCGCCUGGGCUUCCUGUAUGACUUGGACAAGCAAGUCAAGUCCAUUGAACGUUUCCUGCGACGGCUGGAGUUCCAUGCUAGCAAGAUUGACGAGCUGUAUGAGGCCUACUGUGUCCAGCGGCGACUUCGGGAUGGUGCCUACAACAUGGUCCGUGCCUACAGUACUGGGUCUCCAGGGAGCCGCGAGGCUAGGGACAGCCUGGCUGAGGCCACUCGGGGGCAUCGAGAGUACACGGAGAGCAUGUGUCUGCUGGAGAGUGAGCUGGAGGCACAGCUGGGCGAAUUCCAUCUCCGGAUGAAAGGGCUGGCUGGCUUCGCCCGGCUGUGUGUGGGAGAUCAGUAUGAGAUCUGCAUGAAAUAUGGGCGUCAGCGCUGGAAACUGCGGGGCCGCAUUGAGGGUAGUGGAAAGCAGGUGUGGGACAGUGAGGAAACCAUCUUUCUUCCUCUGCUCACGGAAUUCCUGUCCAUCAAGGUGACAGAACUGAAGGGCCUGGCCAACCAUGUGGUUGUGGGCAGUGUCUCCUGUGAGACCAAGGACCUGUUCGCUGCCCUGCCCCAGGUUGUGGCUGUGGACAUCAAUGACCUUGGCACCAUCAAGCUCAGCCUGGAAGUCACAUGGAGCCCCUUUGACAAGGAUGACCAGCCCUCAGGUGCUUCUACUGUCAACAAGGCAUCCACAGUCACCAAGCGCUUUUCCACCUAUAGCCAGAGCCCACCAGACACGCCCUCACUUCGGGAGCAGGCCUUCUAUAAUAUGCUGAGACGGCAGGAGGAGCUGGAGAAUGGGACGGCAUGGUCCCUGUCAUCCGAAUCUUCAGAUGAUUCAUCCAGCCCACAGCUCUCAGGCACUGCCCGCCACUCUUCAGCCCCUAGGCCCCUGGUGCAGCAGCCUGAGCCUCUGCCCAUCCAAAUUGCCUUCCAUAGGCCUGAGACUCCCACCUCUGGGCCAAUGGAUGAGGAGGGGGCCAAGGCCCCAAACCUGGCCAAUGGGCAUGCCCCCUACAGCCGGACUCUGAGCCAUAUCAGUGAAGCCAGUGUGGAUGCUGCCUUGGCUGAGGCUUCAGUAGAGGCUGAGGGCCUAGAAAGCCAGGGACCUAGCCUGCCUACACACCCAAAUCCCACCCAUGGGGAGCACCCUGGUCCUGUCCUUCCUGCCCUGGACCCUGGCCAUUGUGCCACAAGCUUCACUCUCAAUACAACAGGCCCUGCCCAUACAUCUCCAGACCUCACACUAUCUGUACAUCUAGACUCGCUUCACAAGGCCACAGACUCUAGCUCUCCUGAACUGCCAGGCCCCACCAACACCACUACAAGCUCCACCUGUAGUGCCAUAAGCAUUACCAGCAAUGCUCCAAGCCUCACUCACACUAUCACAAGCUCUACUCACAAGCCCAAGCUCUCUAUCCUCACUGCUACAGGCCCUACCCCUAGUGCCAUGGGACCAGGCCAGACCACCACGAGUCCCACCCACAAGCCAAUGCUUUCUACCCUCACUACUGCAGGUCCUACUCCUGACACUACAAGCCCAGUCCAGAUCACCACAAGCCCGAGCCACACUGUCUCAAAUCUAACAAGUACUGUCACAGGCCCCGUGCUCUCUACCUUCACUACUACAGGCCCUACUACCCCAAGUGCCACUGGCCCAGCCCAACCCACCAAAAGCCCCACCCGUACCACCACAAAAUCCACCUAUACUACUGCAAGCCCCACCCAUACUACCACAAGCCCCACCCACACUACUCCAAGCUCUACUCACAAAGCCAGGAUGUCAAUUCACACCACCACAAGUCCUACCCCCAAUGCUAAGAGCCCAGUCCAGACCACCAGGAGCCCCACCCAACCUGUCACAAGCCCCACCCUUAUAAGUGUAAGCCCUUCCACUUCUCUAGACCUUGCCAUGCUCCCCAGCAACUCUACACACACAGACCCCACCCUCCUAGGCACUAACCCCCUAACCUGUAGCCACUCAGCUUCCACACCCUGCACUCAGGCAGACCCCAUGGUCCCAAGCACUUCUUACCCAAGUCCUGCCUGUACCAGUUGGGAACCCAUCACAAGCCCUUCCCCAGACCCCCCCGAACCCAUCCUUCAGAGCCCAAGCCCCACUCCUUCACCGCUAACCUGUAUGCCCCAGCAUUCAGACCUUAGCCUGGCCAUGGCUGCCCAGGCCCCGGUUGCAGGGGCAGCUGGAGGGGCUGGAGACAGGAGACUGGAAGAGGCACUAGGGGCCCUAAUGGCUGCCCUAGAUGAUUAUCGUGGCCAGUUUCCUGAGCUGCAGGGCCUGGAGCAGGAGGUGACCCGGCUGGAGAGUCUGCUUAUGCAGAAACAAGGUCUGACUCGUAGCCGGGCCUCCAGUCUUAGCAUCACUGUGGAGCAUGCCCUGGAAAGUUUCAGCUUCCUCAACGAGGAUGAAGAUGAAGACAAUGAUGGUCCUGGGGACAGUGCUUCUGACCACCCUCCUCCUCCUCGUUCCUGCAAUGUCUGCUUUCCUUGCCCGUCUCCAGCAGCUGGUGGUCAACCCCGUUUUUCUCUCAGGCCCCCAAGCAGCCCGGUGCCUGGGGCUGAGGACACCCUCGACUCACCCGUUGCCCGCCCCCUCAGCACAGAGUGUCCAGCUCUAGACACUGCCUUGGUCCAGCAUCUGUACCACUGCAGCCGCCUCCUGCUGAAACUGGGCAUAUUUGGGCCCUUGCGCUGUCAGGAGGCAUGGGCCCUGGAGCGGCUGCUGCGGGAGGCUCGAGUGCUCGAGGCAGUAUGCGAGCUUAGCAGGCGAUGGGAAAUCCCUGCUACCUCUGCCCAGGAAGUGGUGCAGUUCUCGGCCUCUCAGCCCGGCUUCCUGACCUUCUGGGACCAGUGCACAGAGGGACUCAGCCCCUUCAUCUGCCCCGUGGAACGGGUGCUCCUCACCUUCUGCAAUCAGUACGGUGCCCGUCUCUCCCUGCGCCAGCCAGGCUUAGCCGAGGCUGUGUGUGUCAAGUUUUUGGAGGAUGCCCUGGGGCAGAAGUUGCCCAGGAGGCCCCAGCCAGGCCCUGGAGAACAGCUCACUGUCUUCCAGUUCUGGAGUUACAUGGAAACCUUGGACAGCCCCUCUAUGGAUGCCUAUGUGACUGAGACUGCUGAGGAGGUGUUACUGGUGCGGAAUCUGAACUCAGAUGACCAGGCUGUUGUGCUCAAGGCUCUGAGAUUAGCACCUGAGGGGAGACUGCGAAGGGAUGGGCUUCGGGCCCUUAGCUCCCUGCUUGUCCAUGGCAACAACAAGGUCAUGGCUGCUGUCAGCACCCAGCUGCGGAGCCUGUCACUGGGCCCUGCUUUCCGGGAAAGGGCCCUACUGUGCUUCCUGGAGCAACUUGAGGACGAGGAUGUGCAGAUGAGAGUGGCUGGCUGCCUUGCCCUGGGCUGCAUCAAGGCCCCUGAGGGCAUUGAGCCCCUGGUGUACUUGUGCCAAACGGACACAGAAGUCGUGAGGGAAGCUGCUCGGCAAAGCCUGCAACAGUGUGGAGAAGAGGGACAGUCUGCCCAUCGACGGCUAGAGGAGUCACUGGAUGCCCUGCCCCGAAUCUUCGGGCCUGGCAGCAUGGCCAGCACAGCAUUCUAAACUUCCUACCCACCAUUCCCAGUGCCCCUUCUCCCCCACUUUCAGGGCUCACCAGGCACUGGCAGGGAGGGUGAGGGCUGGCUCCAGACACCCCUCCCCUACAGAUUCCUAUCAAUUAAAAUCUAAUAUAUUCUUCUGUUGCCCGUGGGGUUGGUAGAGUCAGUGCCUGCAGUUAAGUGCCUCCCAGCCUCAGCACACUUGCCACAAAUCAGUGUCCCGGGCCUGGCCAUCCUGCCUCUGCCCCACCACAUCCCUUUGUUUUGUAUUUUAUUUACAGAGUUUUACAGAAAAUAAAAAAAGCAAAAUGCCUUUCCUACA